GCAGACACAAAAUUAAAGGCAAGCUUUUGUAAAGAUGUUCGGACAAGCCAGUCUCUAACCAAUUUCCAGAGCUGUGAUAUAGGGAGGAAUAUUGUGAGAACUGGUGUUGUGUUAAUCUGAGCAUCGCUGGAUGACAUCAGAGACAGGAGGAACUUCUUUCCCCUAUAUUAAAGGUGCGGAAUGCUUUAGAUAUUUAAUUUGUUGACAGGUACAGUAGAUUUCAAAAUGCUUGUGUUUUCUAUUUUGUGUGAAUACGCUCUGUUUAAUUAUUACCUUCAGGUGGAAUGUCAGAAGACAUUGUAUUUAAUGUUUAUUGUCUGAUUUGAUAAACGUAUAUUGGUGCUGUGUGCUUACAUUAGUGUUUAGUUGCAGGUUUUGCACAUAGUAAAACACAAACCUCGCUUUUCUUUGUUUAUCGAGAGAUUCCUUUCUGAUUGUUUCAGAGUGGCGGCUUCUAUAUUAUGUUGUACAUUACUUGUCAGUAUAUAUAGCUGUGAUGUUUCCUCUCCUUUGUCAAGAGUCGUAAUGUUUAUUGUUUACACAUUUGGUUCCAACUGUUAUAAGGGUGAGAAUCAAAGUAUUAUUUUUUUUUUUCUUAUUCUGUUUGGUUGAAUGUUAAACACUUGUUCCAAAGUUUGUGUUGAUAUUCUUCAGAUAGACGUCAUUGUCUCUUUUUUGUCAGUCUAUCAAUCAAUUUACUCUCUUUUUUUCCAGGCCAACUACUCCAAAUCCAUUCAAAGCCUCGUGAAAAACACCCACACCGUUUACCUAUCUAACCAGUUCUUUAUAAUCAUCUCCUCAAAUCGUCUUCCAAUUCAUCAAGCCAUGUUGCCUAUCUUUGUUAUAUUUCUCUUCAUUCCGUCUUCCUUCUCUUCUGAUCACCCACCCCUGACCUAUGCGUGCCACUCAGAAAAAGGACCUAAAUGUAAGAAGCUUCCCUUUGUUCCAGGACACACCCUUCUGGGAGCAGGUUUUGACAUUGCAACAAUGAAGAAGGCCAGUGCUUCUGUCUUAGAUCUUCAAGCUUACCAAUCAAAAGAUAAGACAUGCACCGUAUGUAAAAACCCUUACCAAAAAAUGGCUUUGCAGAAGUUGCCAGUAGCUAUGACUGACUGGAUGCCAUACUCUUCCUGCACACGGAAGGUGACCAGUGAGGUCGCCCGAUCCUCUGUUUCAUUGGCUGAAGAAUUAGAGUCCUCAGUGAAGAAUGAUUGGGAGGCCGGCCUGGGAAUCGAGCAUGGACCAGCCAAUGCUAAAGUGGUGUUAGCUGGAUCUCAGUCGGCAAUUAACAAAUUCACUGAAGGAAAAAUCAGCUCUGAUCGGUAUAGCUUUAUCAAGCAACAGCUCAGAUGUGUCUAUUACAGGUAUAUGGUCCAACAAAAGGUUUUCCUAUGGUUAUUUGAUUAUGGUUGGUAUUUACAAAGAAUGCUGAGUUGGCUUGUGCCAGUGAAUAUUGAGAUUAUAUGCCAUGUACAACUCUUCACAUGGCUAUGGCAAGGUGCCUCUUGAAUUAAGUUAUAAUUGUAUUUAAAAUGGUCUUGCUCAAUCCUGCCAAUUAUCCUGCCAUUGCAUUUCUUCCUACUCCCAGUCUCAGGUUUGUUAAUUAAAGGAUCACUUAAGGCAAUGAAGUGGCUUGGUUGAAGUGGCUCAUUAGUUUUAACCCUGCAAUGUAAGGCAAUGCUUAUAUUUUAUGGUUAAACACACAUCUAGUGCUAUUAUAGGUGCUUCCCCUGUGAGAAUCACGUCAGACUCGGUUCUCAAUCAAAUUCUGCUCCUAAAAGGCAUUUGAUUUGAACAGUGAUUUACUCCACAUGCCCACUAGCUUCCCAAUGAUUCCUUAUAGGAAAAUAUUGGAUUUACGAGAUCGGAUCAUCAAUGAGUCAUCAUCAAAGUCUUUUUUUUUUUUUUAUUGCAAAAUGAGGGGCUGGACACCUAUAUAGGUAUCAACAGAUCUUGCUCCAUGCCCAUACCUCAAAAUAGGCCCUCAAUUAUUCUUUAUUUUUUUCCUUUUUGCACUUCCCCUCAUUGGCCUUGCUUUCCACCCCCACACUCCUCUGGGACAAUGCUACUAUAUCACUUCCUCCAAGCGCCCUCUAGAAGCCCCAUAGGAGGGGGGAUGGAGCUCCUGAACUAAACACUGUGACUGCUGAGGCAACAGGUCAGUCUGCUUCUCACAAUAUACAAUCAUACUGUCUGCUGCUGGAGAGAGAGAAGGGGACUGGCUGAGCAAGUGCUGGUUACUAUGCUAUUAGGUAGCUGGAUUUAAAUAAUACUGCACUGAAGGCAAGAGGGUUAAUGGAUCUGUAUAGUUCUAUGUGUGUGUGUUUGUGUGUGGAUCACUGUGAGUUAGUGAGUUUGUGUCUGCAUGGGUCACUGUGUGUGUGUGUGUGUGUGUGUAUGAGUCACUGAGUGUGUGUAUGAGUCACUGAGUGUAAGUGUAUGGAUCAUUGAGUGUAUAUGAGUCAAGGUUUGGGUGUAUGUGUAUGGGUCACUGAGUGUGAGUAUAUUAGUCACUCUGUUUUUGUCUUUUGGUCUCUGAUUGUGAGUAUGUUUGAGUGUAUGGGUCACUGAGUGUGUGUGUGUGUAUCGGUCACUGAUUACAAGUGUGUGUGGGGGUCACUGAGUGUUUGUCUCUGUGUGUGUGUGUGUGUGUGUGUAUAAGUCACUGAGAGUUAGUGAGUAUGUCAUGCAUGGUUCACUAAGUGUGUUUUCAUGGGUCAAAAUCCUCUGCAACAGGUCCACGAAGCCCUUAACCUGGGCCUGGUUAGCAGGACACUAUAGCAUUAGGUGUGCAUGCUUGUAUUCCUAAUGCUAACUAAAUUAUAAGGAAGGUUUUACAUAUGGGAAGUGAAAUAAUAAUUACUGUGAAACUCGAAAAUUCUCUUCUAAAUAUUACGAAGAAUUUGCUGAGAGAUAUUAAAAUAAAUAACUCCCCAGCAUAACUCUAGUGAGUGUUGUAUUUGCUUUUUUUUGCCAUAUUACAAUGCUGCUGCUCACCCCAUGUGUUCCCUAGUAAGGGUUAAUAAGUGUGUAGGGAGUUAGAAAAUUACCCCCUCUGUCUCACUAGAAUAGGACUCACCUAAGACGUGGCAGGUUAACUUACCCCCUCUGUCUCACUAAAGUAGGACUCACCUAAGAGGUUUGUCUUGACGUGGCAGGUUAACUUACACUUAAAUGGCCAUUGGAGUGAUACUAAAACCCUCCGUUAUUUAAAUGUGCAAAGGGAUAGUCCGCAGGCACCUCUUUUUGGUUUCUGUUCUAUGGACCUGGGCUGAUACGUACGGUAACCAUUGCUGCUGCCCAGGAGUAUUGGGAAUUUAUUAUAGAAUUGGUUAUAAAGACGUAGACGUAUAUAUUCAAAACUAUGUCUAUAUUCUAAUUGUUGGGUUCUGUAGCCUGAUGUUGCAGAGAAAAUUAAUAAGUUAGAUAACAUUUUUAUAAAAGGCAACAGCAUAAACAUGGACUAAUUACUUUUGUGUGUGUCUUCAGAAUCCAUGACGAACAUGCAUUCUCUGCUUUGCGUAAAGCGGUGGUUGCUGUAUCUGAUAUAACUAUCAAUGGGGGGAUAUUUAUUAAUGUGUUCUGAAAUAGGAUGGUUAAAUUAGCUUAUUAUUAUUUCAUUUAUCUUUAUUACAGUGAUCUGCUGUUUUCCUACUAGCAGCUGUUUUCCUACUAGUAAAUCUUACCAGUUACUUUCUGGUUCAGAAGUCUUCCCGGAACUGCUCUCAAAGGGCCAAUAAAUAUAAUGUAGCCAGCAGAGACCUGGUGAUCAGGGGGAGAUCCACCCUGUGAGACAGUCAGCACAAGGCACCCUCCUCUUACCAGCUCUGUCACAUUUGUAAGUGCCUAGGGACCAGUUGGGAACUGUUUAGUGACAGAGCAAUUGUAGAGAGGGCCCUGGUGCAAAAUGUUUUGAGUCCCCUUUAGCUCAAGAAUGGCAGGCUAAAAGGUAGACCCUUAAUUAAAUCUAGCAUUCACCUAUCCUUUUGUAUUUGUUGAAUUUGUGUGCUUGAAUGUGUGCUUGAAUAUUAGCAUGUUUUUGCAUGGAGUAUGCGUGUUUUUGCAUGGAGUAUGCGUGUUUUUAAAUGUAGUAGUGUAUUUGUAUGUAUUUUUGACAUUUGAAUGUAGUGGUUGUUUUGCAUGCAGUUAUGCAUUUUUGUGUAGUGUUGACAUUUGAAUGUAGGGUUUAUGUGUGUAUUGUGUUGGUGUUUGAAUACUAAGAUGUAUGGACAUAUAUACACAUACACUGCUACACACAGAUACACAAAUAUACUAUCAUAAAUAUACAUACAAACUAACAUACAUACUGACAGAUACACACACACACAAUGACUCAUACAUACACUCAGUGACCUGUACACACACUAAGUGACCCACACACAAUGACCCACACAUGCACAUUGACCCAUACACAUAGUGACCACACACACACGCUUUGAUGCACACACACAUACACACCAUGACCCACACACACGCAGUAACCCAUAAACACCCAGUGACUUGUACACACACGGUGACCUGUAAACACACAGUGACCAACCCACACACAAUUACCCAAACAUAUACACAGUGACCAGUACAGAGUGACCCACACAGACACAGUAACCCCCUCACACACACAGUGACCCACACACACAGUGACCCCCCCACACAGUAACCUAUAUUUACACACUGUGACCCAUAUAUACAUACGGUAACCCAGACACCUACACACAGUGACCCAUACAUAGACACAGUGACCCAUACUUGCACACAGUGACCCACACACAGUGACCCCCCCACACACACACUGUGACCCAUCCAUAAACACAGUGUAUUUGUGUAUAUAUAUAUAUAUAUAUAUAUAUAUGUGUGUGUGUGUGUGUGUGUGUGUGUCUAUAUUCACACACACACACAUAUGUACAUAUCAUUUACUCAAAGCAUAAUAUGUAUUCCUAAGUUCAUACAUACCAUUUACUCAGAGCUUCUCUUAAAGUUACUUACGGUCUCAGUAGUAAUGCCACUGUCUCGAGUGUCCACUCCGCUCACUCCCUCAGCAAAUUGCAGUCUCAGCCAGGUAGGUAAUGAGCCACACCUUAGAUGUAGCCACACUGUCCUUUCAGCUCGCUCUUAUCCCUCAUCAAUACAUGUCUCUUCUCCUUCCCUUACAUCCAUGUCUCUUCUACCCUUCCUUUUAUGCCUUUUCUUCAGCCUUCUUCCAUGUCUCUUCCCAUCCCUCCUUCCAUGUCUCCCUUCCCCCAUCCAUCCAUGUCUCUCAGUCUCCCUUCCCUUCCAUCCAUGUCUUUUCUACCCUCCCUUUCAUGUUUUUUCUUCCCUUUUCUUCCAUGUGUCUUCCCCUCCCUCCUUCCAUGUCUCUUUUUACCCCAUCCAUCCAUGUCUCUCUGUCUUCCUUCCAAAUAUCCAUCCAUGUCUCUUCCCCUCCCCCUUCCACAUUUCUUAGUCUCUCCCCCCUUCAUUCCAGGUUUCGUAUCCCUCCAUGUUGCUACUCCCUUCCAUCCAUUACCCCCCACUCACCCCCCUUUCCAAGCAGCAGUCAGCCUGUUCCCUCACUAGGCAAAGGUAGUUCUGGUUUUGCUGGCUCACACACUGAUGGCUCCCCUCCCUGCUGUUUUAUGUGUCAUGGCAGGGGAGGGGGGAUUAAUGGAUGGAAGAGGGUAGCAACAUGGGGGAUAUCUGUCCUACGCAGAGGGCAGUGGGAUGGGGGGGUCCCGUGCUAGUUUACUGUGUGUGCAGUUCCCUUAUGGAGCCGCACUCUGUUUGAAGGAAGCAUGUGUCUGGAUGUGGCUCAAAGUGUAACCUGGGGUCAACCCCAUUGUAGUCCAGGGGGAUCAAAAUACAUUUCCAACAUGGGUACCACCUAAUUUAGGUACACCUCUGAGUGUAAAAUUGGACUAGAAAUUUGAUGCAAUAUCUAGAUUCAUUUAUAAGAGACAGACAUUAUUCUGGUACUGAUAGCCAGGUCAGUAGGAGAGCUACAAUUUGUUUUUCUUAACUUUUAAGAGUAUUAUCAAAAUAUAAUCCAUCCUUUUAGUUUAUUGUGAUUUAUUUUACUUCAAACCCAUGCUUUGUAUUCCUGGCACUUGUAGCAAUACUUAUCCCACAAAGCUUAGAUUUUUUUCAUAACCCCAGAAUUUAAAGCUCUACAUCAAAGCAAUUAGGGUGAAACACGUUUCAAUUUGCCUAUUGUUUCACUUUGGUUUAAAGUUUGCAUUUCUCUCGUCAAUUCUUCACAAUUACUACUUUAGUACGUGAAUCUGAUAGUGUUACAAUGGGUUACAAUGUCAAUCAGAGCUAAAUCUGAAUAGACUACUAAUUUUAUGUCAGACAUCAAUUUCUUCACUUUUGCAGAGCUCGCGCCAACUUGGCCUGAAACUCAGUGGGAGGCUGAAUACUUUCUUUAUAUGCCUUGUACAGAUAAUACAUUAAAAUUUGCAAUAUAACAAUACAUUUUAAGAAGAUACAGCUAAACUUUGAAGUUCCCACAUAUGCUGUCCAUGUCUAGGAUUAGCAGCUUUGCACAGACCAGGAAGUAACUCAAAAGCAGUCAGCCAAUCUGUGCACUCCCAUUUUUCCCAAUGGAAGAGAGUAAAAUAUCCCAUGAAUCUGGUGCUUUAGAGAUUUAAGCAAUGUAUAGUUUAGAACUGACAGUAGAUUAAUUAAUGCAAAAAUAUAAAUGAAUUCCCAGCUGGAACUGGAAGACAGCUUAGUGAUAACUAAUAUAUUUAGGACGUCCUUGUACCAUAGUCCAUAGAAAGAGCAUGUGGUGACAUGAUGAAUGGAAAAUAGUUUAUAAAAAAUUUAAAUAAAACAUAAAAACAUUAUAUUAAUAGCAAUAUUUAAUCAAAAACUAUAUGGUCAUAUAGAAACUGUGAUUAAUUGUGCUUAAAACCUUAAAAAUGACAAUUCAAAUAUUUUCCAUAGAAUUUUUUCUUUACAUUUUAUUAGAAUUAAACAUUUAACAUGUAUUUAACUAUACUUUGAUAAGAUUCUUCGUUAGGUUUGAUCAAUAAGCUGUUCUUUAUGUGUAGUAGGUUAUUCACACAAAGGAUUUAAUUAAUAUGCUUUCUUAGUUUUUCUUAUUUUUUUAUUCUCAUCAUCCGUAGUUUCCGAGUGCAACCAAAACCUUUAUUGAGUCAACAUUUUAAGGAGUCUCUAAUGUCCCUGCCAGAAUCCUACAGCACAAAGACUAAACCAGAGUACCGUCAAUUUGUUCAAACCUAUGGCACCCAUUAUAUUAGCCAGGCAGACGUAGGAGGAGAGACAAUAGAGGUCACAGCAAUCAAGACCUGCCAGACCGCUUUAGAUGGAACUUCAGUGGAUGAAUUAAAGGACUGUCUGAACCUUGAGUCCUCUGCUGCAGUUACUGGGAAGAUGGAAGCAAAUGCCAAGGCCACUGCUUGCAAAGAACUGAGUGAGAAAACGACUCAAAGCAAAAAUUUCCACCAAACCUUUAAUGAGAGAGUUUGGCAGGUGAGGUAUUUUUUUUUUUUUUCAUAGUUUUAUUUUUUUUAAUAAUAAUAAUAAUAAUAAUAAUAAUAAUAAUAAUACAACAGAUAAUUAUGCAGUAUAAUGCUUUAAACUCGGACACCUUACUAAUAUGUACAUUGUUUGUGUGUUUACAUAUUUGUCAAUUUUCUAAUCUUGUCGUUUAGUCUUCACUCUGGUAGAUAAAAGGUUAAAUAAGCUUAAUAUAUCAUUCAUGUAUUUUGUAUAGCGUAACACUGUUGAGAGAUAUUUUUCUAUAACACUGUGGAGAAAUGGCAGCUGGAUCAUUUAUCUGAUGUUAUUGUGUAAUUAAUAUUUAUAUUGCUUGAAUCAAUAAAAGGCAUCGCUACCUUCUUACCCACGCGUGGGGAUGGGGAGCACACGCAGAAUACAUAGCUGGAGGAAUAGGUACAUUUUCCCCAAUGAAACUAGUCAUGGUAUUAGAUAGCAUUAAAAUACUGCAAAAAAACACCUAAAUUGUUAUUUAUUAUCAUUUGGAGGGAAUUUUUAUUUUAUUUAAUUUUAUUUAUUUAAUUUAUUUAUUUAUUUAUUAUAGAAAAUGUGUUCAGUUGCGGUUUCGCCCAUUUGAAAAUAGCAAGAUGGGAAUUUCACAAAUUGCUCAUAACUAAUGUGUAACAAUAAUUUUUUUUUUUUCAAUUACUUUUUAUUGGAAAAUUUUGUUUUAGAAUUACAAAACAGUUCAAAAAAUACAUACAUACAUUCACACAAAAUUAAAUCCGACCAAUAUUAAUAAAUCUUUUUAUAAAAAGAGAAUCCUUUCAUUGGGAUGUAUCAAUAAAUCGAUUGAUCGAGAAGAAAAAAAAAACAAAAAACAGGAAGUCGUAAAUAUAAAAUUUAGUCUAUCGAAAAUGAUAAGAGGUAUAUCAGUAGAAAUAGGCACAAGUUUAGAUACAUAUUACAGUAGAAAAUAAGUACAAAUUUUAAAAACAUGUUAACAAUAAGAUAAAUUCCACUUCCCAAGUAAGAUUAUAUCUUUCAUAAACACAUCACCUAAGAAAUUUAUAAUUUGUCAUAAAAUAGAGAACAGUUUUUUAGCCAAGUAGAAUACCAGUCACUUUUUUUUGAGAACACUGACCAAUUUUUAACCAUAUCGUUUUCCAUUGUCAAUUGGAAUUUAAUUUGAUUAAUUAGGGAAAUUUUCUGAAAAGGAACAGAAGAUUUCCAUUGUCUAGGUAUAAUGAUUUUAGCUGCAAUGAAGCAGUGAAUAGCUAAACAAAUAUGUUUACUUGAUUUAAAAGGCAAAUUCAGAUGAAGGAGGGCCGAUACUGGGUUUUUGUUUAUGCCUUUAAAUUAUACCUCAUUCAGAGAUAUUUCAAAAAAGAUAUUAUAGGUCCAAGCCCAUAGUUGUUUUACUACUGGGCAGAACCACCAUAUGUGGAUAUAUGUACCCAAAUAGGUACCACAUCUCCAACAGGUAGAAUCUUGAGAAGAAUACAUUUUGGCCAAUCUUGUCGGAGUGUAGUACCAUCUAUGGAGUAACUUAAAGUGACACUCAGUCAAAUUUAGACCAUGGACAAAUUUAUUUACUAAAAUUAUAGAAGAAAACCAUUCCUUUGGGGAAAUGACUAAAUUGAGAUCCUUUUCCCAAGAUUUAACCAGUUUAUAGGGAAAGGUAUCUAAGCCUUUAAAAAGCAUAUUGGCUACCGAAACAACCUUGGGUACAGUUUGAAAUGAAAAAAGAAUUUGCAACUCUUUAAGCCGAGGAAAAAAAGAUUGAAUAACAUGUUUCUGGAUAUAGUGUUUAAUACGAAAAUAUGUAAAUAAUUCUUUAGAUGGAAUAUGGAAAUUAUCCACAAUCUGUUGAAAUGGUAAGAUAUCAUCGCCCUGCAUAAUAUCCGAUAAGGUUAAUAUAUCUUUGUUAGGCCAGUGUCUCAAUGAUAAAUCCUCUACAUUAUUUUCUAAUAUAUUUAAUUUACAUGUUCUGGGAAUUAAGUAACUUACGCCCAAAAUUUUUCUGAUUUCAACCCAUGUUUCCAAAGAAUGAGCCAACGAUAUUAAAGCAUUCGGUAAAUCCCUUAGGAACUUCCCAGGAUCUGACCAUAUAUAAGAAUAAAGAGUAGAUACAUGUAGCGCUUCAGACUCCAAAUUAUACCAAGGUUCAGAAAAAAAAAUGGUUCUUGUAAAAUAUAUAUAUGUCGUAUAAUAUUAGCAUAGUAAAGAUUAAUAAUACUUGGAUAGUUUAGCCCUCCCUGGGACAAUUUGUAAGAAAUAUAUUUUUGACUUAUUCUAGGCUUUUUAUUUUUCCAGAUAAAUUUAUUUAUGGCAGAUUGUAUCAUAAGGAGCCACACCUUAGGGAUUUUAAGGGGAACCAUUGAGAACAAAUACGACCAUUUUGGUAAAAUAUAAGAGUUAAUAAUGUUAAUUCUGCCUAUCCAUAAUGUUUCUAGAUUUUUCAAUUUUUUUAGAUUUUGAUUCAUUUCCUUCAUUAGCUGCAUAACGUUCCUCUCCAUUAUUUGGGAGGCGUUAGCAGGGAAACUAAGACCCAAAUAAUUGAUUUCUAAGUCUGUCCAAAUAAACUGAUAUUUUUGAGAUAGCCUUUCAACCUGAGUCAAAGGUAAAUUAAUAGUUAAAGCAGUAGAUUUUGAAACAUUUAACUUAAAAUUAGAGAUAUUAGAAAAAUUAACAAUUUCUUCCAUUAAUGAUGCCAAUGAAUCUUCUGGAGAUGUAAGAGUUACCAAAGCAUCAUCAGCGUAUAAUGCAAUCUUAAUAUCUUGAAAUUUCGUAGAAACCCCCUUUAUUAACUGAUUAUUCCUAAUAUUUACAGCAAGAGGUUCAAGAGAUAAGAUGUAAAGAAGCGGUGACAAAGGACAUCCCUGUCUUGUUCCGUUUUUAAGAUCGAACCACGUCGAAGUAAUAUUGGGACCUACAGUUCUGGCCGAGGGAUCAGAAUAUAAUACCAUAAUUGCGGUAUAUAUCCAACCCCUAAAGCCGUAUGCCUUAAGAAGUUCGCUUAAAUAGCCCCACCCAACCCUGUCGAACGCUUUUUCUGCGUCCAAAGACAGGGCCAGGAGGGGCUCUUUGUUGACUUUAACAAGACCAAUGAUAUCUAUAAGCUUUCGGGUAUUAUUUGAUGCCCAUCUUCCUGGGAUGAACCCUAUUUGGUCAGGAUGAAUAAGUUUAGUAAUUACCAUUUUCAGUCUCUCGGCAAUAAUAGCUGAAUAUAUUUUCAUAUCAACAUUAAUUAAUGCAAUCGGUCUAUAGUUUCUUGGGUCCGUACUAUCUUUACCCGGUUUUAGGAUAGGGACAAUAUUUGAUUGUAAUAACUCCUUUGGUAUGAUCUCACUUUCUGCUGCUUGAUUGAACAUUUCAGUAAGGGGUUUUAAAAGAUAAGAUUUCAUAUAUUUAUAAUAAAGGUUUGAAAAGCCAUCAGGACCGGGAGUUUUGUUUAUAUCUAGUCUGUCAAUUUGGAAUUGCACUUCUUCAAGAGAAUUUUUUUUAUUCAGAAUGGUCAAAUCCUGGGAAGAAAUUCUCGGGAUUCGGGAACUUAAUAGAUAACUCUUGAUGUCCUUUAAUUCUGGGGACAACCUUAGAUUGUACGGAUCUUGAUAAAACUGAUAAAACUUUUGUCCAAUCUCCGAUGGAGUGGAGUAUACAAUUUGAUCAACCACCAAUUUUUCUACUCUAUUUUUAGCAUAUUGAUUACGUAGCCUCCUAGUUAGACUUUUACUCGCUCUGUUACCCGAAAUAUAGUGAUUUAAUUUUAGUUUAUUUAUAUUUAACUUGAUUUUUUCCUCUUCUUUUAAAUUAAUUUGAGUUUGUAAGUCUUUUAAAUGAGUUCUCAGCUCAGGGGAAGAUUGUAGUUUAGUCAUUUUAGAACAUGAAUAGAAUUCAAUAUAUGAAUCAGGAAAUUUUGUGCCAUUAUUUUUCUUAAGGAGAUGGUCUAUUUUAAUUAUAUAGCCCCUCAUUACGGAUUUAUGAGAACACCAAUUUAUUAAAGGGGAAGUGUCUCGCGGAUUAUUUUCUGCCCAAAAAUAUUCUAAUAAUUUGGUUAAAUCCUCCCUAUUGUUAGAGUCCUUUAAAAUGGCAUCAUUCAAUCUCCAAGUGUUACGAGAAAGAGGAGGAGAAUUACCAAGAGCAAAUAAAACAAAACUAUGGUCUGACCAUGUGUUUUCCUUAAGAUCAAUAUAAUUAAAGAGCGGAAUUGUAAUAGCAUUUGUUAAGCAGAAAUCAAUCCGGGAAUAAGUUCCAUAAACACCGGAUAAAUGGGAAAAAUCUUUUUUAAGGGGGUGAAGUAGUCUCCAAAUAUCAUAUAAAUUAUAUUGCCUACAUAUAUUAUUUAAUCUUUUGGCUUGCUUAGUAGGUCCUGUAUUAUUAUUACAUAAGGGAGAUACAGUAGUUCUAUCCAAAAGUGGAUCACCAACACAAUUAAAAUCACCAGCGAUAAUCAAAUAUCCCUUAUUAAUUUUGUCAACUUUAUCCAUUAUCAAAGAAAAUUUAGUCAUUGGAUCAACAUUAGGUAGAUACACGUUGACCAAUGUAUAAAUUUUGUCUUCGAUCUUACAAACCAAAAUAAUAAACCUCGCUUCUGGAUCGAGUUCAGUAUGUAGAAUAUCUACAUUAAUAUCUUUACUAAAUAUAAUUGCCACACCCCUUUUUUUAUUUUUAAUUAAUGAGGCAUGGAUCACUGUAUAACAGUGAGGUAUUAAAAUCUAACACGGGACAGAGAAAAGUUACGAUGUGUGCCUCAACAUCCUACUAAAUAGAAAAAUAGCAAAUUGGUCCAUCGGUUGUUUUUUCAGAAAGCAAUAUUGGUAUAAGUACCUCGAAGGGACACUCCAGGCUCCCACACACGUUAGAUGCACUGUGUAGGUUAGGUUACAGUUAGUUAUACUGGGUGGCUUAAUAUUAUUAAAGAGACAUGCCAGGCUCUCACACACAUUAGAUGCACUGUGUAGGUUAGGUUACAGUUAGUUAUACUGGGUGGCUUAAUAUUAUUAAAGAGACAUGCCAGGCUCUCACACACAUUAGAUGCACUGUGUAGGUUAGGUUACAGUUAGUUAUACUGGGUGGCUUAAUAUUAUUAAAGAGACAUGCCAGGCUCUCACACACAUUAGAUGCACUGUGUAGGUUAGGUUACAGUUAGUUAUACUGGGUGGCUUAAUAUUAUUAAAGAGACAUGCCAGGCUCUCACACACAUUAGAUGCACUGUGUAGGUUAGGUUACAGUUAGUUAUACUGGGUGGCUUAAUAUUAUUAAAGAGACAUGCCAGGCUCUCACACACAUUAGAUGCACUGUGUAGGUUAGGUUACAGUUAGUUAUACUGGGUGGGUUUAUAUUAUUAAAGGGACACUCCAGGCUCCCACACACGUUAGAUGCACUGUGUAGGUUAGGUUACAGUUAGUUAUACUGGGUGGGUUUAUAUUAUUAAAGGGACACUCCAGGCUCCCACACACGUUAGAUGCACUGUGUAGGUUAGGUUACAGUUAGUUAUACUGGGUGGGUUUAUAUUAUUAAAGGGACACUCCAGGCUCCCACACACGUUAGAUGCACUGUGUAGGUUAGGUUACAGUUAGUUAUACUGGGUGGGUUUAUAUUAUUAAAGGCACACUCCAGGCUCCCACACACAUUAGAUGCACUGUGUAGGUUAGGUUCCGGUUAGUUAUACUGGGUGGGUUUAUAUUAUUAAAGGGACACUCCAGGCUCCCACACACGUUAGAUGCACUUUGUAGGUUAGGUUACAGUUAGUUAUACUGGGUGGGUUUAUAUUAUUAAAGGGUCACUCCAGGCUCCCACACACUGUGUAGGUUAGGUUACAGUUAUACUGGGUGGGUUUAUAUUAUUAAAGGGACACUCCAGGCUCCCACACACGCUAGAUGCACUGUGUAGGUUAGGUUACAGUAAGUUAUACUGGGUGGGUUUAUAUUAUUAUAGUGUUAAGUAUGCACUAGCAUUCCUCUGUGAAUUCUGUAUAAUUAUAUGGCACGUGGCUACUGUUCAAUAAGCUACAAAAUAAAAUAAAUUAGAUGAAUUUAUGGCAGAACUGUUUCAGCUAUUCAGCACUUUUCAGAAGCCAAUAAGCUGACAUGAUAUUUCUUUUCAAUAAAAUAGUUGAAUUUAAAUUGUCUUUCUUAACAUAAUGAGUAUCUGUAGCUCAACAAAGAAAUUUGAAAAAUAGCUUAAAAAGUAAAAAAAAAUUCUACAAAUAACAGUCUCUACAUGUUUGAAUCCCAUUAUAGCAUUUACAUCUGUGUUUGUAAACGAGAUCCAAAGACAAUUAUGAUAGAAUUCUAUAAUGAAAUACACAUAUAUUUCUCAGGUAACAGGUGGAAAGGUGACCUUUGACCUUCUUUCUACUGAUGUUAAGAACGACAAUGGAGCAGCUACAUUUGAUGCCUGGAUGGAGAGCCUUAAAACAGACCCUGAUAUUGUUACCUACUCAUUAGAGCCACUGCAUAAUCUUGUACGUUUUGAAGGUCCAGUAAAGGAGAACCUGAAGAAAGCCAUCAGUGAGUUCAUCUUGGAGAAUGCUCUUAGGAAGAAUUGUUCUUGUUCAGGAGGCUCUCAGUCAAGUGUAGGCGCCAAGUGCACCUGUUUUUGUCCCAGCAGUAAUGCUAUUAGUGCUAACUGCUGCCCAACUAGAAAAGGACUUGCCAAGCUCGUCUUGACUGUCAAAAAUGCUGAAGGUCUUUGGGGUGACUAUAUAAGUAGAACGGAUGCAUAUGUGAAAAUAAGUUACAAUACCAAACAAGAAACCACUCAAACCAUAUGGAACAAUGAUAAUCCACGGUGGAAUAUGAGAUAUGACUUAGGCAUUGUGGAGCUCAAUCCCAUUAAUAGAUUAGAGAUAGAGGUUUGGGAUGAAGAUAACAAGUAUGAUGAUGACCUCCUUGGCAAAUGUAACAGACCCCUAACCAGUGGAGAGAAAACUGAAAUAUGUUAUUUAAACCACGGAAGUCUUACUUAUAAAGUUGAAGUUCAAUGCUUGCCACAUCUUGCUGGAGAGAAUUGCCAGGCAUAUGCAUCGGCUCCCUAGCAUCGUGUGACCCACCCAUGUUGCCUGUCAAUGUAGUUUGGCCUUUUAUCAAGCUGACCUUUAACACUUUCUCACAUUAACAUGGUUUCUGACUACCUUGUAUCGAUAGAAUAAAUCUUCCAGAUCUAUCCUAGCUGAAGAUUGAUAUACAUAAAUAAAUUAGCAUUUGAGCAUUAAAUUAACCUCUGUCUUGUGUUUCUCAUGUAGGGCUACUCUAAAUGGGGUACCUGUCCCAUCACUUCAGUAGGGCCCUCCCUACCGUGGAUCCCUGUGACCAGGGUGCCUGCCCACCAUGUGGUGCAACCCCAACCCAGCGAGGCAACUGCCAGGGUUGCGCAUUCAGGGGCCCAUUGAGUGGCCCCUUAGGGCCAAACAAUGCAAUAUAUUUUCAGGGGCCAGGUCAGCACAGCGGCACAUUAACAGCACGACUGGGCCCCCUGUGAUGAUGUCAGCUUGGGAGUAAGUAACAGCCGGUCACUUGCUUCCAGCUAAUAUAGAGCACUGCAAGAGAGGUGAAUCAAAGGAGGGAGCCAGAGUGGGAACUCUGACUCCUGUCUGCCCCUAAAAGGUAGGAAACAGGAGGGUGACUAAAACAUUUUACUUUUUCUAUGUGUGUGUGUUUGUGUAUCGGUGUCUUUAUGUGUGUCUGUAUGUGUAUCUGUUUGUCUGCAUGUAUCAGUAUGUGCAUCUGUAUGUCUGUUUAUAUGUAAGUUUGUGUCCCUAUGUAUCUGUAUGUGUGUCACUGUUUGUAUCUGUAUGAGUGUCGUUCUGUGUAUAUGAAUGGUUGUCAUUAAGUGUUUCUGUAUCUGCAUGUGUGUCUAUGUGUAUGUGUCUGCAUGUGUGUCUGUGUAUCAGCAUGUGUGUCAGUGUUUGUAUCUAUAGGAGUGUAUUUCUGUGUAUCUGAAUUUGUGUCAUUCAGUGUGUCUGUGUGUUUAUAUGUGUCUGUGUAUUUGUAUUUGUGUUAGUUUGUGUGUCUAUAUAUUUGCAUGUGUGUCAGUGUGUGUAUGUGUGCGUCUAUCUGCAUGUAUGUCUGUGUAUCAGCAUGUGUCCAUGUAUGUAUCUGUAUGUGUUAUAUGGUGUGUGUCUGCAUGUGUGUCAGUGUAUUCACUUGUGUGUCUGUGUAACUGUCAACCCUCCACACACACUGUCAUUCCCCUUUACCAUGCCACACUAACAAUAAUUCUCUAGAUCACGUUACUCCCCCAUGCCAUAAUGCCCUCCCAUCGCUCUGCCAUACUCACCCUAGCACUGUCACACUCACUCCCCCAAUCCUGUUGCACUUAUUCUCCUUCACUCUGUCACACUCACCCACGUUCUCCCUGCCACACUCAUCCUAUCACAUUAACCCCUCCAAUUCUGUCAUACUAUUCCCCCUCAACCAUGCCACACUCACCCUCCGGGGCGUGAAUGUGAGACAUGAAGGGGCAGGAG